GGAGCUGCAGCGACGGCGGCCGCGGGAGCAGGGCCGGCCAUGGCGGUGUGGACACGGGCCACCAAAGCGGGGCUGGUGGAGCUGCUGCUGAGGGAGCGCUGGGUGCGGGUGGUGGCCGAGCUCAGCGGCGAGAGCCUGAGCCUGACGGGCGACGCCGCGGCGGUCGAGCCUGAGCCGCCGGCCGUCGCCUUCAACGGUCUCCCGAACGGCGGCGGCGGCGGCGGCGGCGGCGGCGGCGGCGACUCGCUCCCCGGGAGCCCGAACCGCGGCCUGGGGCCGCCCAGCCCGCCCGCGCCGCCCCGGGGCCCCGCGGGGGAGGCGGGAGCCUCGCCGCCGGUGCGCCGAGUGCGAGUGGUGAAGCAGGAGGCGGGCGGCCUGGGCAUCAGCAUCAAGGGCGGCCGCGAGAACCGGAUGCCGAUCCUCAUCUCCAAGAUCUUCCCGGGGCUGGCGGCCGACCAGAGCCGGGCGCUGCGGCUGGGCGACGCCAUCCUGUCGGUGAACGGCACCGACCUGCGCCAGGCCACCCACGACCAGGCCGUGCAGGCGCUGAAGCGAGCGGGCAAGGAGGUGCUGCUGGAGGUCAAAUUCAUCCGAGAAGUAACACCAUAUAUCAAGAAGCCAUCUUUAGUAUCAGAUCUGCCAUGGGAAGGCGCCGCUCCCCAGUCACCAAGCUUUAGUGGCAGUGAAGAUUCUGGUUCUCCAAAGCAUCAGAACAGCAUCAAGGACAGGAAGGUCAUCCCUCUCAAAAUGUGCUUCGCUGCUAGAAACCUAAGCAUGCCAGACCUGGAGAACAGAUUGAUAGAGCUACAUUCUCCUGAUAGCAGAAACACCUUGAUCCUACGCUGCAAGGAUACGGCCACAGCACACUCCUGGUUCGUAGCUAUCCACACCAACAUAAUGGCUCUCCUCCCACAGGUACUGGCUGAACUCAAUGCCAUGCUUGGUGCAACCAGUACAGCGGGAGGCAGCAAGGAAGUCAAGCAUAUUGCCUGGCUGGCAGAACAGGCAAAACUAGAUGGUGGAAGACAGCAAUGGAGGCCUAUUCUCAUGGCUGUGACCGAGAAGGAUUUGCUGCUUUAUGAUUGUAUGCCAUGGACAAGGGAUGCAUGGGCAUCGCCAUGUCAUAGCUACCCUCUUGUGGCCACAAGGUUGGUUCAUUCAGGUUCUGGAUGCCGGUCACCCUCCCUUGGAUCUGACCUGACCUUUGCUACCAGGACGGGCUCACGGCAGGGCAUUGAGAUGCACCUCUUCAGGGUUGAAACACAUCGGGAUUUGUCGACCUGGACCAGAAUACUUGUUCAGGGUUGUCAUGCUGCAGCUGAGCUGAUCAAGGAAGUCUCCCUAGGCUGCACCCUAAGUGGCCAAGAGGUAAGAUUCACUGUCCACUAUGAGCACGGGUUCACUAUCUCCAGAGACAACGGAGGCUCCAGCAGCAUAUUGUACCGCUAUCCCUUUGAACGACUGAAGAUGUCUGCUGAUGAUGGCAUCAGAAAUCUCUAUUUGGAUUUUGGUGGUCCUGAGGGAGAACUGACUAUGGACCUGCAUUCUUGUCCAAAGCCGAUUGUAUUUGUGUUGCACACAUUCUUAUCCGCCAAAGUCACUCGCAUGGGACUGCUUGUAUGAGCAGCAAGAGUCAAGAAAGAGCCUUGACUGCCACAAGAAGUAUUUCCACCUCAGAAGAUGAACAUUUUUAAAAAGCAACAACGAAGAAGCACAAAAAGAAGCCCUUGCUCUCCUCCAUCACAGUGCCUUCUCAAGGACCUGCAGACCACUGCUGGACCACAACAGGGUUUAAGGAGGGGCUGACCUUUCUCACACAGCCUUGGUCAGAAAUUCUAGAACUGUAAUGAGCUCCAAAUCGAAGCUGUUGAAUUAUCGUCUCAUUUCAUAAUGUGAUCUCUAAGUAAUUAGGUUUAUUUCCCUUGUUAUGAAGGCUGGCUCUUUGGGUUUCUCUUUGGACAUAAAUAACCAAAAGGGGCUCUUUUCUUCCUGGGGCUUAGCCUUGAGCUCUUAAUAAGAUAACUGUUGCUCCCCAGGUGCUAGCGUGCAGCAGCCCAUUCCUCAGGCAUAUCCCACACAGGUCAAUUACACUGCAGUGUUACUGUCUUCACCUGGGAAAUGUUUGAGCAGCAUCCCCACACUCCCCACUGUAGCACCAGCUCUGCCCCUCCUAAGUGCUGCCUUUAGGACUCAGAACCUGCAAAGUCUGGUUGCAUUCGCCUUCACUCCCUUUUUCAUGGUGUCCAAGUUGAAAAGCAAGUUGGAAACCACUGCUCUAAAAGAGGAGUUUUGCUUCCUUUAGUUUUUAUUGAGUUUAAUUUGGUAGGAGUCAGGGCAUGGUCUAUGGUUUAUUUUGAAAGAAAGAUCCUCAUUUUAAGCUAAGCCAUUUCUUAUUGCUUACCAAAUGUGCCUUUGGUUAGGGUCAGUGCAGCUUUGUUAGUGACUUUAGAUGGCUGGAUCUCACUGCCACUCCAGGGAUACCAGCUAGCUUUGAGGUUGGUUCCUCAAUGACAUCGUUCAGUGGUGAUUUUGUGUGGGUCAUAGCUUUGCAGCACAGACAUCCUAUCGUGUGGCCCAGGGCACUGUGAGGCCAGGAGAGAUCCUGCACUGGUCUUUUGUGGCCCCAAAGUAGUAAGGACAAGUUGCCUCCAGCUCAAGGUUAACACUGGCUUCCCAACACACCUGGGAGGGUGAUGAGAGAUGCAGCAAUGUUUGCCUGUGUUUUGUUGAGCAUGGCCAGCUGUCACCGUGACUCAGUGUCAGUGUGUCCUGGAAGAUCAUCCUCAGCUUGCCUGUCCUGGUUUGGAAGGAGAUAGAUGUGUCUAGAAACAUGUGAAACGCUGUCUACAUAACAUCCAGAUUAGCACAGCCCUUGAAUCCAAACAAAAAGGAAACAUCGACUUAGAGUUUUCUGUGCUCUCUGAAAACAUCUAGAUUUCUCUGGGGCGCUACACGACAAUGUGACACUUCCGAAGGGGCAGAGGGAGAAAAGACAGCUGUUCCUGAGGAACCUGAGCUGUGUGGCUUGAGGGCCUUGGCAGACAGCUCAGCCACAGGAAAGAAGAGAUGGCCCAGCAGGGGUGUAACCCUGCUGUCCUAGCUGCCCAUGAGUCAGCCAUCCUUCUGCUCUUCAACCAGACCAAUAGUAUACAGAGGUUGGGGAGCAAUGUCAGCCCCACCCCGACUUCAGAUAGGUAUUGGAGCACAAAAAUGAAUAUUGGGAUCCAUUUAAAACUGAAAAUUAAAAUUUUAAAACAGCUUUCAAGAACUUAAAAAAUUUUUAAAGUAACCCUGACAUUGGUUCCAUCCAUGGCACAUCUUCAGCUAACUCAAAGAAAAAAAAAAAUAUGUUAAAGGUCUAGCUCUGAGUUCAGAAAGCAAAACGUCAACAAAUAACCUCAGGCCAAGAGCUCGGCCACUUUUGUUACUCUGAGCUACAAAUGGCUCAGGCUUCCGUAGUAGACUUGAAGUCUUCUGUGUUGGCAUGAAAAGCUAACCCACCAGAGAGACUGACAGGAGCGUCUGCCACAAGAGCCAUAAGCAGGUGGGAUGACAGGCAGGUAAGGUGUGCAUCUGUUUUGGCAGAGGACUGUGGCCCAAAGGGUUUUUGUUUUGUUUUUGUUUUUUGUUUUUUUCUGUCCAAAGGGUUUUUAAUACUAUCAGUUGGAUCUUGUAAAAUGAAGGCUUACAGGUGAUUUCUUUGUCAUUAGCAGCCCCAAGAGCAAGGGUCCUAAGCUGCUUGUUUCAGAAGCUGUAGCAGCCCCCAGGCAUGUGGUCAAUUAAGUGUGUGGAAUUUUUCAAAUCACAAGUGGAAUGCUUUUUGUGAGUGCAAGACACUUUGAUAUAUACCUAUGUUAUCAAUUUUGUACUCAUAUGCCAAAAUAUAGCAAAAUAUUUUCAAAUAAUAACUAAAAAUGAGCAUCUUUGAUGAUUCACCUCUUCUAUAGAAUCAGCUAAAUUGUCUUUUUUAUUUUGAACAUUGUUGGUGAUAUUUUGGGCUCCUGGGUGUCAAGUGGACAGGAAACUGCAGAGCACCCCCUGUUAGAUGGGCCACUUCCUAGGCAUCCACACAGUCCCAAACCAACCCUGCAUAUGAGAAAUCUCCUAUAAGAAAAGGGACUAAAGAAAGCUGAUGUUUAUCAAUAAGCCUUGCUUUGAAAUUGGUAUCUCAUAUUCUAUAUAAGGAAAUGCUCAUGUGUAUAUGCUGUAUUUAUUAAUAAUUAUAGCUAAAUUCACCGAUUUGUGGACAGUUUCAGGUUAAAUAUUGGGACAUAUGUGGGCAAUCAGAAAUGUUACUUUAAAUGCCGUCUGCCUCCUUUGAAGCCAUGUUUAGCACUUUUUAAACUAAGGUGAUUCUGAGUGCCUGAAGGGGUUUUGGUUUUUGUUUUUGUCUGAACUCUCAAAGUUUGUUACUGGAAAUUAUUUGCAUGGUAAGAGAGAUUGAAUUAUUUAUUUUUUUAUAUGUAGAAAAAUCUCUCUAACCAGCAAAUAGCUAACAUUGUUACUGAUUUGUUUUCCUAACUUAUUCUCCUGAACAGAAUGGUAGCAAAGCUUUGUUCAGCUGAAUAAAUGCACUUCGCUGAUAAACCAAAAUUUAUUCUUUCAAAAUAAAAAAUUAUCUGUUAUCACCAAAAAAAAAAAAAAAAAAAAGCAAUGUGGAAUCUGAACACCAUUACCCCCAAGAAAAAGGUUUUAAUAUGAGUAGUUUUGAUGAACAAAAAUGUGUGGGGAAAAUUACUGAUUUCUUAAAAUUUUUUAAGAAACUCACAGUCUUCUUGCUUAAUAUAAAUGCAUGUGGAUUUGUUUGUUUUCAAAACCAUGGAAGAAUCUGUCCCUGUGUUUUAUGCCCUGCCUGCUAAAAGAGUUAACAGUUUUGAAGUGUGCAGGGAAGAGUAGUAGACUCCAGCACUUUCUCUGUUCUUUUGUAUCUUGUCUUGGACACCUACCUGGGUCAUUUUUUUGUUCUCACUGGUUCAAGCUAUUGAUUGUACACUAUAUUUAAACCAUCCAAACAGUUUGCUUCCCUUCCCAAGUGGCUGCUAGCAGCCCUAGAUGCCGAGAAUGAACUAGCUCCUUAGAAAGCUGGGCUCAGUGGUUAAGAGGGCUUGCUGCUCAGUCAUGAGGACUGGAGUUCAAAUCUCAGCACCCAAGUCCGAUGGCCAAGGAAAGGGAGUGGUGGUGGGGUCUCUUAAUCUCUAAUGAGGUCAAAUGCCAGGUCACUUAGUUCCUAAAAGCACCUUACUCUGGAUGGAUUCUAGUAUGUAACACUACAGUGGGAGUUUGAAUACUUAGGAAGCUAAGCCAGGUACUAGGGCUACAUAGCAAGUCUCUCAAAACAAUGAAAUAAAUUCUAAUACUUGGGAGCUGCAGGCAAAGGAUUCAAGAUUAGCUGUAUAGCCAAUUCAAGGCCAGCUAGAUUACUUGUGCUUCUGUAUCAGUAAAAAAGGUAAACUUGAGGUUGUGUAAACUUUGUUGAUUUUACUGCAGCCAUGCUCUUUCAGAUGUUCCUGUCAGGCACAUGUUCCAAGGGGUAUUAUAUUCUAUCUGAGUUUAGGAAUCUUUCCAUGACAUUACUUUUGUGACUUUUCCUCUACUGAAGAUGAAAGAAAUUCCAUUUUCCCAUUGUUCCUUCUCCAUGCCCUUGUUUUAGUUGCUUAGUAAGUUAGAAUGGUUUUAACUUUCUAAAUACAAUCCUUAAAAGCUGAUAGCAGGGCUGGAGAGAUGGCUCAGAGGUUAAGAGCACUGUCUUCUCUUCCAAAGGUCCUGAGUUCAAUUCCCAGCAACCACAUGGUGGCUCAAAACCAUCUAUAAUGAGAUCUGGUGCCCUCUUCUGUACAUGUACACAGACAUCGUAUACAUGAUAAAUAAAUAAAUCUUAAAAAAAAAAAAACAACCAAAAAAUCCCCAAGCAACAACAACAAAAAAUUAAAAAAAAAAAAAAAAGCUGAUAGCAGUUCACCCUUUAAGCUCUGUCUUUCACUGUAUGAACACUAGACAUUCAUGAAGGGUGUGAUCACUGGUAGAAUCAUGCUUCCUGUCAGGGUCAUAUAUCUCCAAGCAACAUGUUUGUCACACAGUAUGAUAUAAGUGGAAUUUAUUUGCUCUAGUAAUUGGCUGCCUAAGUAGCUGAUCUGAAACUGGUUCUCUUUCUAAAACAAUGAGAUGGCCUGGAGGUUAGCUCACUAGCAGAGCAUGUGCAAGGCCCAGAGAUCCUCUGGAACACCACUAAAAACAAACAGAAACCCACGUCCAGCCGGUCAGUGACACAAGUUUAUCAAAGGUGAGAAUUUCAGGUUGAGGUUCAGAAACAGCAAACAGCCACAAGGAGCACAUUAGUUAGAUUUUUGUCUCCAGCAGUGGCCAAAUCAACUAGAAAAAAAAAAAUUGUUGUUGUAUUAACUCAGAAAAUAGGAGUUCUGAGUACCUGAUGGGGUUUUGGUUUUUUGUUUUUGUCUGAACUCUCAAAGUUUGUUACUGGAAAUUAUUUGCAUGGUAAGAGAGAUUGAAUUAUUAUGGGCAGUGGUGGUGCAUACCUUUAAUCCCAGGGUUUGGGAGGCAAAGGUAGGCAGAUCUCUGUAACUUCGAUGCCAACCUGAUCUACAAAGUGAGUUCUAGGACAAGGCUACACAGAAAAACUCUUAUCAGGGAAAAAAAAACAAAAAACAAAAACAAAAUAGCAACAACCAAAACAAAACAAACCACAAAUUCUUUCUUCUUUCUUAAUGCGAGGUGAGGUGCUAGCAUUGACCCCAGAGCCUUGGGCAUGCUAAAUAUACAGUCAGUACCACUCCUAUACCCAUGUUCCCAGCCACUUUGGUUUUAGAACAAAAAGUUUCGGUUUUCUUCUUAGUUUUUAGACAUACUUUCAUAUAACCUAUGCCAGCCUCAAAUCACUGACCCUCCUGCUUCCAACUAACUGCUGAGAAUCAUAGCUGUGCACCAGCUUCAAAAUGUAAAGGUGAACUUAAUUUCUUGCCACCUCUAUUUUUCCAUCCCUCUUUGGGUGACUGGAUCAAAACAUUUUUCUAAGAUUUAUUUAUUUUUACUUUGUGUAUAUGAGUGUUUGCCAACACAGGCACCAUAUGUGCACAUGGUGCCUGGGGGAUCCAGAAGAGGCCAUCAGGUCCCCUGUGGACGCAGCCAGCGCUCUUGACCACUGCGCCAUCUCUCCAGUCACAGUAUAUGAAGUUCAGUUCCGGCACUUGGGAGGGCUGUGAGGCAAGGAAGAUAAGGAGUUAAAAGUCAUACUCAGCUAUGUAGAGUUUGAGGUCAGCCUAGGUCACGCAUGAAACCCAGCUCAAAAAUUUUCUUUGUGAAUUUAACAUGAUAUAUAAACGUGCCUUUUGCAAAUUAUUCUUUGCUCUCAAAUAUCAAUUGGUUAGAUAUAUAUUUUUUAAUCUAUCAUAUUACCAGACACAUUGGUUUAAGCAGGGAGGCAGAGACAGAUCUCAAGGCCAGCCAGGCUUACAUAAUGAAUUCUAGAUGAGCCAAGGCUGCACAGUCAGACCCUGUCUUAAAACACACACAUACACACACACACACACACACACACACACACACGGGGCAUGCCUUUCCAGCACACUCUCUGUGAACUCAAAGCCAGCCUGGUCUACAAAGUGAGUUCUAGGACAGCCAGGGCAGUUAUACAGAGAAACCCUGUCUGGGGGGGAACUUGUAAUAGAUGUUUCAUUACUUCAUUGCAAGAUUGGGAAUUCUGGUGGGACUUCUCAGCUCUGAGUUCUCUGCACUUUUCUCAGCCUUGUGCUGACUUCACCUCCAUGCCGUUGUCAUGAUAGUGUUCAUCCUAGUCACAGCUAGACUCUGAGGGUAUAGUGACUCUAUCCAUCUUUCGGAAGUAAUGGAAGACUGCAGAACAGAAGGUCCGUUGAGAAUGUAAACAAUUGAAACUGCAAGGCUAAUUCAUGGUAUAUCCCUAUCUUUCAAUCAACAAUCUUUUUUUCUUUUUCUUUUUUUCUUUUUUUUUUUUUCUUUUUGUUUGUUUUUGGUUUUGUUUUGUUUGAGACGGAGUUUCUCUGUGUCCUGGGCUCGCUUUGUAGACCAGGCUAGCCUUGAACUCACCUCCCUGCCUCUGCCUGAGUGCUGGGAUCACAGGCAUGCAACCACCAUGCCCAGCUACACAAGCAUUUUGUAAUGUAAGCCUCUGUGUCACGUUUGCUGAAGGGUCAAAAGGAAACUUCUUGGGCCUGCAAGCUGCCUCAGCAAGUAAAGGCACUUGCUAACAGGACUGACAACCUGAACUCAGUGCCCAGAAUCCACAUGACAGAAGUAGAGAACUGACUUCCAGAAGUUGCCCUCAGACCGCUCUCAUGCUAGAGCACCCACCCAUGUAAAUUAAAUGUAUGUGGCGCGGAGAAACUCCAUGGAUUAUUUUUUCUUAUAGUCCUUUAUUGCCCAGUCAUACCAUGUCAUCUCUUUAUUAGCUACUUUGUUUUUCUAUUAUGCAUGUAGGUGUUUUACCUGCAGCAGCGUGUCUGUAUUUGUGCAGUGCUUGCAGAAGUCAGAAGAAGGCACCAGGUCCCUGGAAUAGGAGUUACAGAUGGUUGUGGGCUGCCAUUAGGGACUGGGAGCAGGAGCCAGGUCCUCUGAAAAAGCAGCCUGUGCUUGCUACGCUAUCUUCAGCAGCCACUCAGUAUGUUUUCCCAGAGUCCAUCAUUGCACUUAGCUUGAGCCAGCAAACCUGCCUGUAGGCACGUUCAGGCUCGGACCAUGUUACAUGGAAAGUGCAUCCAAGCAUGUUUAAGGAAGCUACAGUUUUCAUCGGGCAUAAUUUUUUAAUGGAAACUUAGACUUUAGUUUAGGAAGGAGGAGACUAUUGUAAGUCCCUCAGUAAGAUAAAUCACAAAAGCAAAAAUUAAUCUUUAUUGCCAACAGCAGAAUAAUGGGGGAAAGCCAUUUUCAUUCUUUUAAAUAGGCAGCAAAGCUUAUUUCUAAACAUUGCCAGCCUAUUCAUUUCCAUACAUACUGUUUAAGCAUCUUCUUUCCUCCUUCCACCCCUGGAUGGGGUUUAGACCAGGCUGGUCUCGAAUUCACAGAGAUCCACCAGCCUCUGUCUCCCUAAGUGCUGGGACUAAAGGCAUGCACCACCAACUUCUUUUUUGUUUUUUGUUUGUUUGUUUUUCAAGACAGAGUUUCUCUGUGUAAUUCUGGCUGUCCGGAAUCAGCUCUGUAGACCAGGCUGCCCUUGAACUCACAAGAGCUCUGCCUGGGAUUAAAGAUGUACACCACCACAAGGGGCUUCUUCCCCUUGUUUUCAUGUGUGCUGGAGUCAGGCGUGAAAAUUAGGUCAUGCCUUUAGUAUCUUGCUCUUUAAACCUGGCCCUUGACAGUCAGGUGCUAACAAUUGUGUUUUAUUAAAACCACCACAUAAGUAUUGCUGCAUGUCCAGUCCUUCAGGAAGGAAGAAGUGCUUUGCUUCUGUUGGGUCGUGUUAACAGUGGGUGUUUGUUACAUCUGCUUGCAAGUCCAAGUUUGCACAAUCGUAGUCUCCAAGAUCCUCACUUAAUAUCCUAGGCACUGGGUUCAGCUUUCUUCUUUCAGUACAGGAUGCUAGUGUUACGGGUAUGGUCUGUUGCGUGAGUUCAGCAUGGAGACCUCAGUGACCAAACAGUCUGUGUUCUUUUUGGUGCCAGAUCUGAAGUCUUGCAGAGCAUAACCUAUUUUUUCUCCUGUGCACACUCUAAUAAUACCCACUAAUACGCACGUGUGUGCAUUGCUUCCUACACUACUUGUUUUGUUAAAGUGUAAAGACUUAGAAAGCCAGCUUAAGUAAGGCUGGUGAUAUAGCUCAGCUGAAAGAAUGCUUGCCUCGAAUACUAGAAGCCCCGUUCUGUCCAUAGCACUAUAUAAAACCAGGUGUGGUGGCCACAUCAGUAAACCCAGCACUUGUUUGGAAGAUGGGAAGUAGGAAGUUAUCCGCAGUUACAAAGUGAAUGCCAGGCCAACCUAGCUAUAUAAAACUGCCGAAAAACAUAAAAGGAUAAAAUUCUACCAAUUGGUUGGUUUGCUUCUUACUUUUUUUUUUUUUUUUUUUUUUUUUUUUAAGAAUCCUUUAUUUAAAUAAGACCUCUAUCCAAGUCUUCUUUAAAGUUUCUCAAGUUUUCUGGCUACCAAAUCAAAAACCCAUGUCAUGAAACGGAGCAGUAUGUGUUCUUAAUUUUUACAAAAGCUUUAUGUAUACUCUAUUACUAUAGAUGCUUAGACAACACUUCCCUUGGGUUGCACAUCAACAUAUAGCAUUGUAUAUUACAAUGAAAAUUUGUAACUUAAGGUUAUUAUAUAUAUAAGUAUAUAUGCCUUUGUAACCUUUAUAUUGUAAAUAAAAAGCUG